AUGAACCACAGCCGCACCACCAGCAUCGCCGACAGGGCAGCGACAGCCACGCUCUGGGGCUGUGAGCUAAACCAGGAGAGGCGCACCUGGACCUUCAAAUCGCAGAAGGAGGGGAAGCAGGACUGUAAGGUGUUCCUCAAUACGGUUUGCUUGGGGGAGAAAGCCAAAGAGGAGGUGAACCUCGUGGAGGUCCUGUCCCCAGCAAGCCAGGAGGACAAGCGGGCAAAGCCCGUCACCAUCGCCUCUCUGCAAGCCUCGGUCCUGCCCACGGUGAGCCUUUCCCUGCAGGCCCGCCGUGGGUGGGCUGGGGGGGGCGGUGCGCCGCCCUGUGGGGCAGCAAUGCAGAGAGGAGACGAAAGGCCCGAGCUCAGCCCUGCUUCCAUCCAGCCCGCCCUUUAG